UACCGUCAUAUACAUUAUGCCCUAGUGAAAUGUCAUGGAGGUACGGGGGGAAUUGAUAAGAAUUUCACGAUUCCGAUUCCGAUUCCGAUUCUGCUUAUCGAUCCGAUUCCUUAUCGAUUCUCUUAUCGAUUCUCAUUGGGUGAGAAAAUAAGUAUAAAUGUGUUUGUUUGCAUUACAUCUCUUUAAUAUCUGAUCAGAAGUGCUUCUAGUAUUAGGAAAUUGUACAUUUUCAAAUCAAUUGGUCUAGACGAAAAGAUAUAUGUUUCGCUUUUUAAGCCCAAAUGCCAUCAUUAUGUGCCAUACAACUAAAAACACAGACUGAAAACAGCCAAGUAAGAGCUUGUGCCUUUUGGAAUUCUAACAGUGCUCAUUUGCAUUCAACUUGUAACAAAAUUAAACUGACAUAAACAAAAUGAAGCAUUGAUUAGACAGAGAUUUAUUAGAUGGGCCUACCUAAUAAACCGUUGGAACACACAAGACCGGAAACCAUAGCAAUGCCGGUAAACAAACCCCGAGAAGCCCAAUCCCUAUGAGAGCUCCCCACGCUACGGCCAUCCGGAGGCGACAGAGCUGUUGGCCGUGAUAUUAUAUAUACAAUUAUAAUAUAGUAUAUAAUAUAUUAUAUACUAUUAUAUAUAGAGCUCCGGGAGUCGCAAACUGCAACAAUCACUUUCUCCUCCAUUCCGCGGUUCACCCGGACUGCACUGCACUGAGUUUGACGGCUGAACGCGGAUUGGCUGUUACGUUACACAUGUCACUCAGUUAUCACGCUGUUGAACGCUGAUUGGCUGUCAUCACGACAAAAACUUGUCAUCGGUUUUCUCCCGCGAAAAACUCGCCCUUAUACGCGUCUCUACGUUCACUUUGUAUGGGAUCUUGUCGCCCCGUCGUGUUUGGUGUGAACGCCCAAUGCGAUUCUUCCUCGGCCGUGACAUGUUUGCUGCGUUCUGAACCAAAUUAAAGCAGCGUGUGUGUGACGUCACGACGCAUUUGCCGCGACCGGAACCGAUAAGCGGAAUUGUUAAGCAGGCUUGCUAACGAUUCCAAGGAAUCGGUUGACUCGGAACCGGUUCUGAACAAGAACCGGUUCUCGAUUCCCAUCCCUACGGGGUGUGGGCUAAAGUGGAGCUGACUAUGGAUGAGACUGUGGAGGCGUAUAGAGGCGACUUGGUCCAGAUCCCCUGCCAGUACAACUUCACAGACAACGCCAAGCCCAGCCUGGUCAUGAUCCAGUGGUUCGUGAAAGCGGCCAAGAGCGGUCUGCGCACGCGCAUCUUCUACAGCGACAAUGACCAGGAGAUGGUGGACGCGGACACCGAGUACAGCACGCGCAUCCAGGUCAACGCCGACCCGCAGGGCUCGGUGCUGACGCUGCAGGACGUGCUGCUGCUCGACGAGCGCGAGUUCAUCUGCCAGGUGAACGGCCUGGCGGCAGGCAACGCCGAGGGCAGGACCAACCUCCGGGUGUUCGCUCCGCCACAGCCCCCCGUGAUCGAGGGGGUCCUUACGGGGAUAUCGGUGACCAACGAGGCCUUGUCUAAGGUGGCGUCGUGCGAGGCCCAGAACAGCUUCCCCAAGCCCAACAUCACCUGGUACCGCAACGACCUUCCCCUGGUGCCCGUUCAAGGAUACGUGAACGUGGUGACCCUGGUGACCCGCGAGCUCGAGGGCUUCUUCACGGUGCAGAGCGAGCUGCAGUACAAGGUGGUGAAGGAGGACCGCCACGCACGCUUCACCUGUGAGGUCCACUACCUGGUCCCCGGCGCCGCCAGGACCGCCGAGUCCCGGGACGUCAACAUCACCGUGCACUACCCCACUACCAUGGUGGAGCUUUGGAAGGAGUCUCCGCCCGGUCCGGUGAAAGAGGGGGACACCGUUGAGCUUCGUUGCCACGGCGACGGCAACCCCCCUCCGCCCUUUAUCUUCAACAGAGAACAAGAGCCAGAGGGGGCCCUGGGUUCCAGCGGGGACGUCCUGGUCCUGACCGAGGUGACGCGGAGCGAUAGCGGAGUCUACCAGUGUCGUCCUCAGGACAGCCAAUCACGGGCCAGCGUCAUGGGAGACAUGCUGCUCACUGUGCAUUACCUGGACCCCGUGGUGGUGGUCCCCAGGGACUCCGAGGUCAUGUUUAAGGGGGAGAGCCUCACAGCCACGUGCAACGCGUUGUCCUCUCUGGAAACCACCGCUGUGUGGUACAAGAACGGGAAGCAGGUGGGGCGAGGCCACACCCUGACCCUGGCGGACGCGACCUACGCCACCAGCGGGGAGUACGUGUGUGAGGUGACGGUGCCGUCCCUGCCAGCCCUGCGCACCAGCGGCUCCGUCCACAUCAUCGUCCAGGGUGCGCCCCAGCUGAGCGAGGAGCGGGAGGUGGAGCUGGAGGAGGCCACAGGCCGGCUGGUCAACCUGAGCUGUGAGGCCCAGGGACACCCGCUGCCCACCAUCUCCUGGAGCAUCGUGGGGACCCAGGUCUGGCGCGAGGUGGUGAACAGGGCCAGUGAGAACACGGCUCACAGUGUGGUGUCGGUGAAGGUGACGUCGGACGUCAGCGCGCUGUGCAACGCCUCCAACGACAUGGGCGCCGAGGUCAAGAGCUUCCGCAUCACAGCCAUUCCUCUGGCCUCACCCCCCCCCGUCCCCCACUCUCCCGCCGAGGGCAGCGGGGUGGUCAUCGUGGUGAUCAUCCUGUCCCUCCUGCUGCUUGCCAUCCUGGGGAGCGUCGUCUACUUCCUGCACAAGAAGGGCAAGAUCCCCUGUGGACGCUCUGGGAAGCAGGAGAUCACCAAAGAGAUGCUGUCUAAAGACGACAUUGUGGUGGAGCUGCAGGCCGACCCCAAGGCGGAGCAGGCCGAGCUUCUGAAGGGGGCCAACGGGGCCCCGAAGGCCCCUGGGGACCAGGAGGUGGAGUUCAAGAAGUGACGCAUGCAGCAGUCCAGGCUGUGACCCGGCCAGGGGGGGACACACCUCCCACCACCAGGCUACUCCCCUCCCCCCCCCCCAUCCUCCAUGUCACUCUGUGGUCCUGAAGUGUUGAUGUCAAAACACACACACAGUAUUUAUUUGGUGAUGGGAAGAUGUUUUUUUUUCCCCAACUGGUUCCUGCACCGUUUUCACAACAAAAGAUUGUUUGCAGUUGAUGGAGGUUUGAUGAUACUCUGUAUUCUUAUGAAACUGUAUAUAUUAUACAUAUAUAUAUAGUUAUUUAAGGACUUUCCGCACACGGUUUUGCUUUGUAGGAACAUUUGAAAGCGAAUUUCUCUUUUUCUUUUUCAUAUUUUUGUUUUGUUCAAUAAUCAAUACCAACGUCUGGUGAAGCCAAAGCUAUUUUUUGCAGGGUUUUUAUUAUUUGUACUUCUAUGUUUCGAUGGGAGGCCGUGGUAUACAGAAGGGUCCCUGAUAGUGUCUGUGAGGACCCAUCCAGGCCCUCAGCCACUCUGUUACCAGGCUCACCAUGUUGCCAACACACACGACACCAGCCCCGUCGUUUGGACAGCUCCUUUUCUGCAAAACUACUGUCAAACUCUGGGACUUUGUGAAUAACCAGCGGAAGGAUUGUUUUGAUUUGGUUUUUUUUCCUUCGAAGGGCCACGACUUGUAGGCUGCAGUGCCUGUUAACAUGUUCAAAGUUUGUUUUGAGAAUCCAUUGAACACUGAAUUUAAAUUCUUGUCAUUUUCUUGUUUGCCUUGUGUAUAUUGUAUUAGGGUGCGGGCACUGUAGUCAGGCAGAAGAAUGCCAGUUUUCAUUUUUUAUGACCAGUUUGCUUACUGUGUAGGUUAUGUUAGAUGUGUUUUGUUGAUAGAUCUGAAAAGCCCCAAUGACUUGCAAUGUUUGUUUGUUUUUAAUUGUGUUCCAUUACUUUGCAUUGUGUCGAGUUCAAUUUGUAGGAACAUAUCCAGGUAGUGCUUCAAUCCAGAACACUUGCUUGUGUACAGUGUGUAGUUGUGAGAAAAAAAAAGAUCCACGUUUGACCUGUAGUUUUGGUUGGCACCGUCUUCGUUCCGCAGCAGUGAGUGGGCGGACUUUGGCGCACGCAAUAAGAAACGGUGGUUUAGUUUGGAGUAGUUCUUGAUUAAAAUUAGUCUCAUUAUAAACCGUUUAUAAUGUGGGCCGGUCUCACCUACUGAUGGGACCGCGUUGGGAGGGAGUGGAGUGAAUAUGCCAUACAGCAAACUGUCCGCACGAAAGAAAACAAUGUCCUAGCAUUGUGUGUGAGACAGGUUUUCAGGAAUAUGACUCCGCUCUCAUGUUUUUGGUUUUAUUGGAAUGGUUCUGGACAUUUCGCCAACGGGAGUUUGAAACUGUACAGUUGGAUUUCGUAUGUUUUUCUCCCCCCCUGAAAUUUGGAUACAUUUAACUAAUGUACAUGUUAUUCUUUAAUGCUUGCAUUUUUAUAUAUAUAUUUGUUUUUCAAGAAAAGGAUGCUAAAUAAAAAAAAUGGUUCAUUUGAAAAAAAUAACGAUGUUUACAUGACUUUCACUGUCCUCAACUCUGAGGAUCAACCAUCUGGCAGUAUAUCAUGCAGCCUUGACAACACUCGAGUCUGUCUUUACCCAUCGCUUCAGGAGGCUCUGUCUGCUCUGUGUCAGAGCAGGAGGAACACUCACAGGAGGAACAGAGCGUUCUUUCUUCAAGCCCUCACCUUGAGGUCAAAGCUAAAUGUACAGUACAGAGAAUUCUGUACAUAUUAACCCCAACGCUGACAGCAAGUACAGGAGUCAAACCCAUGAUUCGGCCUGUGAGGUACUGGACUACACAGGCAAAAAGCGGAGUGUGUAGAACUUAGUAAUAUAGAUAUGAAUGAUCACCAAUCACAGGAAAUUAGAUGCAAACUGAGUGUUAAAAAAAA